AUGGAAAAAUACACAGACAACCACUCGCAAGAUGCUGACUCUGAAAGCGCAACUCUCAUAGCCUCGGAGUCUCUCCGUGACGAGACAUCACAACGGCGCCAAAACUUUGUGUGGCUCACACUUCUCAACCUCUUCAUCUUUGUCAUAUCCAUGCUCUCCAUGGUAUGCACUGUGAUGACGCAACGGGAUCCCUCCGGCAAUACAGCCGCCCAACUCAUGGACCAAUUCGGUAUUUUCUCACCGUUAAUGCACCAAGUCGAAUACACCCACACUCAAUUCUCCUUUGCCUCCCCCCUGAACUCCUCAAAAUACGUCGGCACAACCGACGAAGUCGACGACGCAUGGAUGGACAUUGCAUUCCUCCCCGACCAAAUGGUCUCCAAAUCCGACUUCCCCAGACUAAACAAGCCCACCGACGCCGCCCAAGUCACCGAUUCCAAAACCGGCGAAACAGGAUACCGCGUCGGCCUAGAAGUCUUCCACCAACUCCACUGCCUAAAUCUACUCCGCAUGGCCACCUACCCCGAGCACUACACCAAAGUCUCCUGGAGCGACACCAACGACGACGCCGCCAAGGUCCGUGGACAUCUAGAUCACUGCAUAGAAAUCCUCCGUGUAAACCUCAUGUGUCUCUCCGACGUCAACGUCUUCACAUUCCAUCCCAAAGAAGGCCUCGAGGGACACUGGCCUGACUACAAUACUAACCAUGUGUGUCGGAAUUUCGACGCGAUUAAGGAGUAUGCGCGUGAGCAUGGGAUGCCGCAGGCGGAUGUUUGA